AUGCGGGUUCUGGGGGUCCUUCUGGGAGUUCUGGGCUUUCUAGGGGUGGCUCUGGGGAACGCUCCUGUUCCCCACUGGGACAGCACUUUCUGCCACUUGGCUGGGCCCUUGGGUGGUCCUCUGGCCUUCCUGAGCUUCUUGGCCAAGGAUGCUGGGGGACUGGCCUUGUUCCACACCCGCUGGGACGGCCAUGGGAGGCUGCAGGCAUGUAGCCGGCAGGACUCACCCAAGCUCAUCGCAGCCUUCCGCACCCUCUGUGCUCAGGAGACCACCCGAGCCACCUUCACUGCCACCCCUAGGCCUGAGCUGCAGACAGCCCUCAACACCCUUCAGAGUCAGUGGGAGGCCUGCCAACUGUCGGAGGAGCUGCCAGCAGGUGCCGGGAAGAAGCAAGUGACUCGGCAGAGUGAAGCAUCUGGCAGGGGGCACCACCGGGCCAAGAGAGGCUGGACCAUGCCUGGCACGCUGUGGUGUGGCAUUGGGGACUCUGCCAGUAACUCGUCGGAGCUAGGACUCUUCCAGGGCCCUGACCUCUGUUGCAAGGAACAUGACCACUGCCCACAGACCAUCACCCCCCUCCAGUACGCCUAUGGCAUCCGAAACUACCGCUUCCACACCAUCUCCCACUGUGACUGUGACGCCAAAUUCCGUGGAUGCCUGCAGAAUCAGCAUGACUCCAUUUCGGACCUUGUGGGUGUGACCUUCUUCAAUGUGCUGGACAUUCCUUGCUUCCUGUUGGAACAGCAAGAGGCGUGUGUGGCGUGGUACUGGUGGGGCGGGUGUAAGACAUAUGGUUCAGCGAGCCUUGCCCGCCUCCAGCCCAGAACUCUCUACAAUAUCUCCCGGAGCCCCACUCUGAGAACCAGCCCCAGCCCACCCCCCACCACUCCACAAUGGGACGAACACCCUCAGAAGUGGCCACUACAGCUGGAAGGGCCCAAGGACCCCAGCAGAGUCAACGUCACAGCCCUCAGGCCAGUCAUCUCCCAACACCCCCAGGUCCUGGUUCUGCAGAUCCGACUCCAGAACAGGAAGCCUCCCCUGACCUCCCCCACCUCUCAUAGCCAUGUGUGCAGCCCUCCAGGGCUGAGCCAGAGGCAGCACAGGCGCCCCUUGGCUCUGCCAGGCGUGCCCCAAGGUCCUGGGAUCCCCUCAUCACUGUGCCCACCUCUAGGCGCUCACUGGGCCUGCCGCAGCUUCCGCCGCCUGGACCGGUGUUCGUACCAGAUUGGGCCCCAGGAGACCAAGUUCCAACUGCUCAACCGUGCCCACCAGCCGCUUUUCCACUGCAACUGCACCCGUCGCCUCGCGCGUUUCCUGAGACGUCACAACUCACCUCCGGUCACCAGCAGGCUUUUGGGACUGCUGAGCCAGACCUGCUUCAGGUUGGCUCCUGUGCUGGACUGUGCUGAACGCAGAGCCUGCCCGGGAAGCCCCAGGGCCAUCGAGGUGUCCGCUCGCCAUUUGCAACGGCUUCAGCUGCGACUCCAGAUCCUGGGUGCAGGCGUAGAGGAGGGGUCGCCAGGGUCCUCGGAGCACCCAGAGGGCCUGGUAACAUUCUUCGAACAGUGCAGGAGGCUGACCCAGGCGGCCCGGAGCCCCCGUGAUCAGUGGAAAUCCUCGAGCCAGCACCCUGAGAUCCAGCUCUCCUAGGCACCAACCUGGACCGUGACCCCGGCUUUGCCAGGCCCUAGGGGCCCCAGCCCCUCUCCAUGGCCGAGAAUGAAGCAUGGCGGGCAUUUGGGGGCCCGUCAGAGGCUGCAAGAGGAGGGUCCUACACCCACGUGCUUCCUCGUGUCUCCUGUUGCUCUGGGUGACCGUGGGCUGGCGAAGCCAAGGCUCUGCACCUGGAGGGCGUGCUCAGAAGGUUCACUCUGAGCCCUGCGCUCGGGUCUGGCCAGGGAACUUCAUGACCAGGGGAGAGGGGGAAGUGGUCAACCUACGCAGCAGUUCACGUGGUGCUGGGAGCAGCGCUGGCACCCUGAUAUUAAUACCUGGCUCACUAGUUGGCCUGCCUGGGACCCUGAGCCCUUGG